AUGGGUCGGGGGUGGCGUCGACGCGCGCGCGGGAGGUGUGGCGAGGCGCGCGGCGCGCGCGGCGUUGGAGGCGUGCGCGGCGCGGCGCGAGAGACGCGAAGACGGAUUCGUCGAGCGGGUAUUUACGCGCGGUUGAUCACGACGCAGCGAACGUUCGAUGCGUGGCGCGUUGAGGCGUCGACGCGGUCGAGGACGCGGGCGAGAGAGGCGUCGGUGCGUCGGUGCGCGCGUCGAUGGCGGGCGGCGGCGGCGGCGGCGGCGCGCGCGCGCGAGCGCGCCGACGCGCUCGAGUACGUGAGUCGGUAUCACGAUUGGACGCGGUUGGUCACUCGAGGAUUUCGAGCGUGGCGCGAGGCGUGCGCACCGGUGGCGAAGGCGGUUCGAGCGAAGGAGGAUCUGUGCGAUCGAUACGCGAGGAAGACGUUGUUGAAGCGGGCGAUGGACGCGUGGGUACGCGUCGCGGAGGACGCCGCGGACGCUCGCGCGAAUAAACUCGUCGCGGUGAUGUUCCACGAAGUAAAAACGUGCGUCAGGGCGAUUCGAGCGUGGCGAGGGGCGGUGGCGGCGGGCGAGCGCGAUCGCGAGGAAAAGGCUAUCACUUUUCAAUCGUAUCGGACGGUCAACGCGCUCGGUGCAACCUUCGCGGCGUGGGUGGACCUCACGCGAGGGGCUAGGAAAAAGUCAUCGCAGGUAACGCCGGCGAAAACGCGCGCGGGAAGGACGAAGAACGCACUCUACGGGUGGUUGUUCCAUCGGAAAGAGACGGAUGGGCUACAUGAUUUUCUGGACGAACUGGAUCAAACGGCGGAUGACGAUUUGGAAGCCGCCGUCGCCGAGUACGAGGAGCUGCGAGAACAAGCGCGACGAUUAGCGAACGAAGCUAAGACGUUAAAAUCAGGAACAUCGACCCGAGACGUGGCGCGACGACGCGUGCUUCGCUCGACGGCGAUGCACCUGAGACGUCGACGCGAGGAAUUGCUCCCGCUCGUGAGAUGCGCCGCGAGCGAGAUCGGGUCGCGUCCGCAAUCGGUCGGCUCGAGCUCAUUCGGCUUGUCCUUUACGGAUUCAGAAGACGACGAUCACGACGAUUUUCUCGCCGGUAGGAAAUUCUGA